AUGGUGGGUGAAUGGAUGGCUCGCCUUCAGCAGUUGCAACAGACCUCCACUUCCUCCUUCCCUUCCUCGCCCCUGUCCUCGUCACCAGCACCACCAGCACCACCACCACCACCGCCAUCAGCAGCAGCGGGCAGUAGUGUGGGGUCGACAGUAGGGGGUGUGGAGCCACUAGUGGGACCACUUAGACCACAGAGCAGCGACGAGGCGUCACUGGCGUCUCUGCUGGCGCGGUCGGACCUGGUGGUCACUCGCAGGGUGGAGUGGGGCAACGUGCUGCUGGGGUACGAGCAGAGCAACCAGUAUGCUAUCAUGGAUGCGCACACAGGCCAGAACGUGGGGGCUAUUGUGGAGAGCAGCAACUGGCUCAUGCGUCAGUUCCUGAGGGCGCAUCGCCCCUUCACCGCAUCCAUCCACGACGCACACGGCACGCUCCUGCUCACCGUGCGGCGGCCCAUGUUUUUCAUCACCAGCACCAUCUAUGUUGAUCUGCCUGGUCAGGUGCGGGACCGGAGCUGCAGUCCCAGGUGCGGGACUGGAGCUGCAGUCCCAGGUGCGGGACUGGAGCUGCAGUCCCAGGUGCGGGACUGGAGCUGCAGUCCCAGGUGCGGGACUGGAGCUGCAGUCCCAGGUGCGGGACUGGAGCUGCAGUCCCAGGUGAGGGACUGGAGCUGCAGUCCCAGGUGCGGGACUGGAGCUGCAGUCCCAGGUGCGGGACUGGAGCUGGGGACUGGAGCUGCAGUCCCAGGUGCGGGACUGGAGCUGCAGUCCCAGGUGCGGGACUGGAGCUGCAGUCCCAGGUGGGGGACUGGAGCUGCAGUCCCAGGUGCGGGACUGGAGCUGCAAUCCCAGGUGCGGGACUGGAGCUGCAGUCCCAGGUGCGGGACUGGAGCUGCAGUCCCAGGUGCAGGACUGGAGCUGCAGUCCCAGGUGCGGGACUGGAGGUGCAAUCCCAGGUGCGGGACUGGAGCUGCAGUCCCAGUCCCAGCUGCGGGACUGGAGCUGCAGUCCCAGCUGCGGGACUGGAGCUGCAGUCCCAGCCCAGGUGCGUGGACUGGAGCUGCAGUCCCAGGUGCGGGAAUGGAGCUGCAGUCCCAGGUGCGGGACUGGAGCUGCAGUCCCAGGUGCGGGACUGGAGCUGCAGUCCCAGCUGGGGGACUGGAGCUGCAGUUCCAGGUGCGGGACUGGAGCUGCAAUCCCAGGUGCGGGACUGGAGCUGCAGUCCCAGGUGCGGGACUGGAGCUGCAGUCCCAGCUGGGGGACUGGACCUGCAGUCCCAGGUGCGACACUGGAGCUGCAGUCCCAGGUGCGGGACUGGAGCUGCAGUCCCAGGUGCGGGACUGGAGCUGCAGUCCCAGGACUGGAGCUGCAGUCCCAGCUGGGGGACUGGAGCUGCAGUCCCAGGUGCGGGACUGGAGCUGCAGUCCCAGGUGCGGGACUGGAGCUGCAGUCCCAGGUGCGGGACUGGAGCUGCAGUCCCAGCUGGGGGACUGGAGCUGCAGUCCCAGGUGCGGGACUGGAGCUGCAGUCCCAGGUGCGGGACUGGAGCUGCAGUCCCAGGUGCGGGACUGGAGCUGCAGUCUUAGGUGCGGGACUGGAGCUGCAGUCCCAGCUGGGGUACUGGACCUGCAGUCCCAGGUGCGGGACUGGAACUGCAGUCCCAGCUGCGGGACUGGAGCUGCAGUCCCAGGUGCGGGACUGGAGCUGCAGUCCCAGGUGCGGGACUGGAGCUGCAGUCCCAGGUGCGGGACUGGAGCUGCAGUCCCAGGUGCGGGACUGGAGCUGCAGUCCCAGGUGCGGGACUGGAGCUGCAGUCCCAGGUGCGGGACUGGAGCUGCAGUCCCAGGUGCGGGACUGGAGCUGCAGUCCCAGCUGGGGGACUGGAGCUGCAUUCCCAGGUGCGGGACUGGAGCUGCAGUCCCAGGUGCGGGACUGGAGCUGCAGUCCCAGGUGCGGGACUGGAGCAGCAGUCCCAGGUGCGGGACUGGAGCUGCAGUCCCAGGUGCGGGACUGGAGCUGCAGUCCCAGGUGCGGGACUGGAGCUGCAGUCCCAGGACUGGAGCUGCAGUCCCAGCUGGGGGACUGGAGCUGCAGUCCCAGGUGCGGGACUGGAGCUGCAGUCCCAGGUGCGGGACUGGAGCUGCAGUCCCAGGUGCGGGACUGGAGCUGCAGUCCCAGGUGCGGGACUGGAGCUGCAGUCCUAGGUGCGGGACUGGAGCUGCAGUCCCAGGUGCGGGACUGGAGCUGCAGUCCCAGGUGCGGGACUGGAGCUGCAGUCCCAGGUGCGGGACUGGAGCUGCAGUCCCAGGUGCGGGACUGGAGCUGCAGUCCCAGCUGGGGGACUGGACCUGCAGUCCCAGGUGCGACACUGGAGCUGCAGUCCCAGGUGCGGGACUGGAGCUGCAGUCCCAGGUGCGGGACUGGAGCUGCAGUCCCAGGUGCGGGACUGGAGCUGCAGUCCCAGGUGCAGGACUGGAGCUGCAGUCCCAGGUGCGGGACUGGAGCUGCAGUCCCAGCUGGGGGACUGGAGCUGCAGUCCCAGGUGCGGGACUGGAGCUGCAGUCCCAGGUGCGGGACUGGAGCUGCAGUCCCAGGUGCGGGACUGGAGCUGCAGUCCCAGGUGCGGGACUGGAGCUGCAGUCCCAGGUGCGGGACUGGAGCUGCAGUCCCAGGUGCGGGACUGGAGCUGCAGUCCCAGGUGCGGGACUGGAGCUGCAGUCCCAGGUGCGGGACUGGAGCUGCAGUCCCAGGUGCGGGACUGGAGCUGCAUUCCCAGGUGCGGGACUGGAGCUGCAGUCCCAGGUGCGGGACUGGAGCUGCAUUCCCAGGUGCGGGACUGGAGCUGCAGUCCCAGGUGCGGGACUGGAGCUGGGGACUGGAGCUGCAGUCCCAGGUGCGGGACUGGAGCUGCAGUCCCAGGUGCGGGACUGGAGCUGCAGUCCCAGGUGCGGGACUGGAGCUGCAGUCCCAGGUGCGGGACUGGAGCUGCAGUCCCAAGUGCGGGACUGGAGCUGCAGUCCUAGGUGCGGGACUGGAGCUGCAGUCCCAGGUGCGGGACUGGAGCUGCAGUCCCAGGUGCGGGACUGGAGCUGCAGUCCCAGGUGCGGGACUGGAGCUGCAGUCCCAGGUGCGGGACUGGAGCUGCAGUCCCAGCUGGGGGACUGGACCUGCAGUCCCAGGUGCGACACUGGAGCUGCAGUCCCAGGUGCGACACUGGAGCUGCAGUCCCAGGUGCGGGACUGGAGCUGCAGUCCCAGGUGCGGGACUGGAGCUGCAGUCCCAGGUGCGGGACUGGAGCUGCAGUCCCAGGUGCGGGACUGGAGCUGCAGUCCCAGGUGCGGGACUGGAGCUGCAGUCCCAGGUGCGGGACUGGAGCUGCAGUCCCAGGUGCGGGACUGGAGCUGCAGUCCCAGGUGCGGGACUGGAGCUGCAGUCCCAGGUGCGGGACUGGAGCUGCAGUCCCAGGUGCGGGACUGGAGCUGCAGUCCCAGGUGCGGGACUGGAGCUGCAGUCCCAGGUGCGGGACUGGAGCUGCAGUCCCAGGUGCGGGACUGGAGCUGCAGUCCCAGCUGGGGUACUGGACCUGCAGUCCCAGGUGCGGGACUGGAGCUGCAGUCCCAGGUGCGGGACUGGAGCUGCAGUCCCAGGUGCGGGACUGGAGCUGCAGUCCCAGGUGCGGGACUGGAGCUGCAGUCCCAGGUGCGGGACUGGAGCUGCAGUCCCAGGACUGGAGCUGCAGUCCCAGCUGGGGGACUGGAGCUGCAGUCCCAGGUGCGGGACUGGAGCUGCAGUCCCAGGUGCGGGACUGGAGCUGCAGUCCCAGGUGCGGGACUGGAGCUGCAGUCCCAGGUGCGGGACUGGAGCUGCAGUCCUAGGUGCGGGACUGGAGCUGCAGUCCCAGGUGCGGGACUGGAGCUGCAGUCCCAGGUGCGGGACUGGAGCUGCAGUCCCAGGUGCGGGACUGGAGCUGCAGUCCCAGGUGCGGGACUGGAGCUGCAGUCCCAGCUGGGGGACUGGACCUGCAGUCCCAGGUGCGACACUGGAGCUGCAGUCCCAGGUGCGGGACUGGAGCUGCAGUCCCAGGUGCGGGACUGGAGCUGCAGUCCCAGGUGCGGGACUGGAGCUGCAGUCCCAGGUGCAGGACUGGAGCUGCAGUCCCAGGUGCGGGACUGGAGCUGCAGUCCCAGCUGGGGGACUGGAGCUGCAGUCCCAGGUGCGGGACUGGAGCUGCAGUCCCAGGUGCGGGACUGGAGCUGCAGUCCCAGGUGCGGGACUGGAGCUGCAGUCCCAGGUGCGGGACUGGAGCUGCAGUCCCAGGUGCGGGACUGGAGCUGCAGUCCCAGGUGCGGGACUGGAGCUGCAGUCCCAGGUGCGGGACUGGAGCUGCAGUCCCAGGUGCGGGACUGGAGCUGCAGUCCCAGGUGCGGGACUGGAGCUGCAGUCCCAGGUGCGGGGACUGGAGCUGCAGUCCCAGGUGCGGGACUGGAGCUGCAGUCCCAGGUGCGGGACUGGAGCUGCAGUCCCAGGUGCGGGACUGGAGCUGCAGUCCCAGGUGCGGGACUGGAGCUGGGGACUGGAGCUGCAGUCCCAGGUGCGGGACUGGAGCUGCAGUCCCAGGUGCGGGACUGGAGCUGCAGUCCCAGGUGGGGGACUGGAGCUGCAGUCCCAGGUGCGGGACUGGAGCUGCAGUCCCAGCUGGGGACUGGAGCUGCAGUCCCAGGUGCGGGACUGGAGCUGCAGUCCCAGGUGCGGGACUGGAGCUGCAGUCCCAGGUGCGGGACUGGAGCUGCAGUCCCAGGUGCGGGACUGGAGCUGCAGUCCCAGGUGCGGGACUGGAGCUGCAGUCCCAGGUGCGGGACUGGAGCUGCAGUCCCAGGUGCGGGACUGGAGCUGCAGUCCCAGCUGGGGGACUGGACCUGCAGUCCCAGGUGCGACACUGGAGCUGCAGUCCCAGGUGCGGGACUGGAGCUGCAGUCCCAGGUGCGGGACUGGAGCUGCAGUCCCAGGUGCGGGACUGGAGCUGCAGUCCCAGGUGCAGGACUGGAGCUGCAGUCCCAGGUGCGGGACUGGAGCUGCAGUCCCAGCUGGGGGACUGGAGCUGCAGUCCCAGGUGCGGGACUGGAGCUGCAGUCCCAGCUGGGGGACUGGAGCUGCAGUCCCAGGUGCGGGACUGGAGCUGCAGUCCCAGGUGCGGGACUGGAGCUGCAGUCCAAGGUGCGGGACUGGAGCUGCAGUCCCAGGUGCGGGACUGGAGCUGCAGUCCCAGGUGCGGGACUGGAGCUGCAGUCCCAGGUGCGGGACUGGAGCUGCAUUCCCAGGUGCGGGACUGGAGCUGCAGUCCCAGGUGCGGGACUGGAGCUGCAGUCCCAGGUGCGGGACUGGAGCUGCAGUCCCAGGUGCGGGACUGGAGCUGCAGUCCCAGCUGCGGGACUGGAGCUGCAGUCCCAGCUGGGGGACUGGAGCUGCAGUCCCAGGUGCGGGACUGGAGCUGCAGUCCCAGGUGCGGGACUGGAGCUGCAGUCCCAGGUGCGGGACUGGAGCUGCAGUCCUAGGUGCGGGACUGGAGCUGCAGUCCCAGGUGCGGGACUGGAGCUGCAGUCCCAGGUGCGGGACUGGAGCUGCAGUCCCAGGUGCGGGACUGGAGCUGCAGUCCCAGGUGCGGGACUGGAGCUGCAGUCCCAGCUGGGGGACUGGACCUGCAGUCCCAGGUGCGACACUGGAGCUGCAGUCCCAGGUGCGGGACUGGAGCUGCAGUCCCAGGUGCGGGACUGGAGCUGCAGUCCCAGGUGCGGGACUGGAGCUGCAGUCCCAGGUGCGGGACUGGAGCUGCAGUCCCAGGUGCGGGACUGGAGCUGCAGUCCCAGGUGCGACACUGGAGCUGCAGUCCCAGGUGCGGGACUAGAGCUGCAGUCCCAGGUGCGGGACUGGAGCUGCAGUCCCAGGUGCGGGACUGGAGCUGCAGUCCCAGGUGCGGGACUGGAGCUGCAGUCCCAGCUGGGGGACUGGAGCUGCAGUCCCAGGUGCGGGACUGGAGCUGCAGUCCCAGGUGCGGGAACCAUGGCGCGCCCGGGCACCAUGACGCGCCAGGAUUGCUUCUAUUGCACAGAUCCUACUUUUAUCCCUCCCUUUGAGCCGGUCGCUUUAACUCCUUCCCUCCGCAACUAUGCUCGUCGUUUCGUGCAGCAAGCAGCAGUUUGCGAGGGUGGUUAA